AUGGCUCCAUCAGUACAACCAUCUCGAACGGCGACCACUGUAUCAACUCCCAAUGAUGUAUACGAAGCGGUCGUAGUUGGAGCAGGACCCGCAGGCAUUACUGCCGUAGGCAAUCUUUUGGAUGCCCGAAUAGAUCGCAUUCUCUGGGUUGAUGGCGCCUUCGAUGGCGGCAGAGUGAACAAGUACUAUCGAGAAGUCCCUUCAAACACCAAAGUCAAGCUUUUUGUUGACUUUGCCACGGCCGUCUCUCCUUUCAGGAAGAUUGUUAGCAAUGUACCUUCGCGGGACCGAUGGGCGGAGCCAAGUGCGAGUGAUGGUGUACCAGUUGAUGGCAAGGAGGACAAACUUCAGGACAUGCGACUGCUGGACCAGGAGACGGGUUGCUUCCUUGCACACCCCGCCGACAUGUGUGUGAUGCUCACCCAGGGACUGAAGAAAACUCCCGGUGUUAUCACGCAGAGAGGGAGAGUCAGCGAAGCUGUCUUGGAUGAGCAAUCAUCACUCUGGACUAUCAAUGUCGCGACAGAGUCCAACACCCCACAGGACAUCACGACCGCCAAGACUAAGCGAAUACUUCUUUGCACAGGCUCUUCACCCACUGAUCCACCUCUCCCUUACGAGCCAGACAACCUCAAACACCUGCACCUCGAUACCGCGCUCUCUCCCACCAAGCUCGAAUCACUUCUCAGUCCAUUAGGCCCAACAACCAUCGCCGUCAUCGGCGCUUCCCACUCCGCCGUCCUUGUCCUGCGUAAUCUCUCCGACCUGGCGCUUUCAAGCAAGUCAAACCUCCACGUCAAAUGGUUCACGCGCCAUCCACUGCGGUACGCCGAAUACGAAGAUGGUUUCAUCGCCCGCGAUAAUACGGGUCUCAAGGGCGAAGCUGCCGUCUGGGCGAAAGAGAACCUGGAGCCGGAAAGUCUGUCUUCCAGCCCCGUCAGCAAGGUCCUGACAAAGAUUUCCUAUGAGAAAGGCCACGAAAAGGAGAUCUACGAAUCUCACCUGCCUGGUGUGGACUUUGUCGUCCAAGCGAUAGGGUAUAACCGCGACCCCUUGCCAACACUCAUAGUCUCCACGACCAACGGCACAACCAAAGAAAUUACCCCGUAUUUCGAUCAUGACAAGGGUAUCUUCAACUACGUCCGCGAGAGCGACUGUGGGACGAUUGGGGAUUUGGCGAGAUUACCCGGCGUCUAUGGAGCGGGCAUUGCGUUUCCUGAGCGAGUGGUGGAUCGAAAGUACGGACAUGAGGAGUUCAAUGUUGGGUUCUUCAAGUUCAUGAAGGCGGCGAAGAAGUGGGUGGAGGAGUGGAAGAAAGUGCCGUCAGUGGGCCAGUCAUAG